UCUCCUCUUCAUCAAUCAAUACACCUGUAGAAUCUUUAAACCGGAUCCUUCAAGUCGAUAUCAAUAUGUCUCUUCACUAUCUCCCCCCCGUCAAGCCCUCCGCCAUCGCCCUCGGCACAGUCUUCAACCACGCCGCCUCUCUCGCCGUCCUCGGCCCCGUCUUCGGCGACACCUACCACCGCGCACAAGCCGCAAACUCCAAAGAGGAGUUCAUCAAGUCCAAGGAGGCCGCCUCUGCCGCCGCCGCAUGGGGAACUUCCGUCGUGGGCUCGGCGCUGCAGACGUAUGGUGUUGGUGCGCUCAUCAAUGCUACGGGUACGCUGAGCUAUAAGGGGGCGGCGUAUUUGGGGAGUUUGAUUUUCUUUGCUAGUUCGGCGCCUUCGUUCAUCGCGCAGGUCUUCACUGAGAAGAGGCCGCUCGACACCGUCGCCGUUGGCGUCGUCGCCCGCGUCUUCGAGACUGUUGGUCUCUCGCUGUUCCUUACCUGGUGGGGCACCCGCACGAACCCCUUCGAUUAGAGGGUUCGUUGCUUUAAUGUGAAAGGGAAGAGGAUGGGGGAUUUUUUGUAGAUGAUUAGUGUGGAGGUGGUGUAUUAUAACAAUGAGAUUUUGAACUCGGGAUUAUAAAACAUUUUUAAAAGUAUCUUUGAUGAUGUGUCAUUGCUGUGAGG